CUUCACAACCAUGUCAUUAAUUAACGCGUCUAUCGAGAGGAAUUCACUUUAUUUCGUGGAGGGAAUGGGGCGGGCCACUGUCAUGUCCGAGAAGGACAUUGAGGCAGCCCCCGACACGCCCUUCGUGAAUCCAAGUGAAAGUACCCCUCAGCGUUUUCUGCGUGGCUUGUCCUUCGUCAUCAUCGGCGCACCUUCACUUGGAAGAUUUUUUCAGAUCUUAGAGGAUGAAGAUAAAACGGAGUGGAACGCUCUCAAACAGAGGUUGAUCACCCGCGCGAUGCGCGUUGUUAAUUGCACCACUGUCUUGAAUGCAAUGCUUAUUCUGUCCGGAUUCGGAAAACUCGAGUCCCCAAGAGUGGUGCUUGUAUUGUUUUGCCUCAUGGUUGCUGUUUCAUGUGCUCUGUUGUGUGUUAUGGGUAGCAUUAGCUUCGCUAUGGUUCUUGAGUCUGCCCAGCGGUUGCAGCCUCAAAUCGUUACAGAGAUCCAUACGCGCACUUUCAAGCUUUUGGCUGUCGCCGGGUUCAUGGGGUCGCCGAUGUUCGUGUGGUUAGUGUCCGUGGUAGAGUCACUCCUUACUGGGGAGAGUGGGUAUGCCUCACUUGGUGGCGAAGCCUUCAUACGGGUGCUGAUGAUGAUGCACCUAUUGAUGCUGACUGUGGCCGCAUAUGCUUAUGUGUGGAAGCUCGCCGAGUUAAAGUCAGUCCACUAGUCUCGCUGUACCAUAAUGAUAGACUUGACACGGUGUAGUAAUGGCUUGCAAACCGUCAACGACGGUUCGGUACUCAGUGGUGACUCCUGUCGAUACCUUAUUUAAUUCCACUGCAGGGUCCGAUCAUAUGUGUACCCUACAGUACAUUGG